AUGUGUCUCUCCAUCGCCUCUCUACCUCCCUCACGUCUCCUCUCUCCCCCACUUGACCUCUCCCCCUCACCUUGCUCUCCUCCUCCUUCAACUCUCCCUUCUCCUCUCUCCCCCCCACACUUAUCAUGUGUCUCUCCAUCGCCUCUCUACCUCCCUCACGUCUCCUCUCUCCCCCACCUGAGCUCUCUCCCUCCCUCACCUCGCUCUCCUCCUCCUUCAACUCUCCCUUCUCCUCUCUCCCCCCACACUUAUCAUGUGUCCCUCCAUCGCCUCUCUACCUCCCUCCCUUCUCCUCUCUCCCCCCCACACUUAUCAUGUGUCUCUCCAUCUCCUCUCUACCUCCCUCACGUCUCCUCUCUCCCCCACCUGACCUCUCUCCCUCCCUCCCUCACCUCUCUCUCCCCCUCCUUCAACUCUCCCUUCUCCUCUCUCCCCCCACACUUAUCAUGUGUCUCUCCAUCACCUCUCUACCUCCCUCACGUCUCCUCUCUCCCCUCCUUCAACUCUCACUUCUCCUCUCUCUCUCCCCCUCAACUUAUGUGUCUCUCCAUCGCAUCUCUCACCUCCCUCACGUCUCCUCUCUCCCCCACCUGA